ACGAUCUGGAUACAAAGUUGCAGAGUGAUGACUUGAGUGCGAUCUGUCACUUGGCUCCGGGGGAAAAAGUUGCUGCUGACACUUGUCCUUUUCCCGGGGGGGGGGGGGUGGGGGGGACACGAUGGCCAAAGUGAUCCAGAAGAAGAGCCACUGGACGGGCAGGGUGCACCAGUGUACGGUGACCCAGGGAUCGGAGGGAGAGCUCAGCCUGCCGGUGCUGGGGGGAGCGGAGUACGGAGAGUUCCUUUAUCUGGGGGUCGUGGACGACUCGCUCAUCUCCAGCGAUGGCAAGCUGCAGGAAGGGGAGCUGCUGCUGGAGGUGGCCGGGCUGCCGGUGUCAGGAUUGCCCAGAUACGAUGUGCUGGACAUGGUCAGGAACUGCGGGGACUCGGUGCCUAUUACAGCUGUCAGGCAAGGGAGCCGACUCAACAAGGACCUGAGGCACUAUCUCAACCAGAGGUUCCAGAAAGCUUCUCCUGACCACGAACUGCAGCAAAUCAUUCGAGAUAAUCUUUAUCGCCAUGCAGUGCCUUGCACAACACGUCUGCCUAGAGAAGGGGAGAUCCCUGGCGUGGACUACCAGUUUCUGACUGUACAGGAGUUUUUGGCUCUUGAACAGAGUGGAACUCUACUUGAAGUUGGGACAUAUGAAGGUAAUUAUUAUGGGACACCGAAGCCUCCAAUCCAGCCCAUCAAUGGGAAAGUGACUUCCGGUAAUGCAUUGCAAAAUCCUCUCUCCGGCUCUAAGCAGUCGACCCCCAAACGGACAAAGUCUUACAAUGAUAUGCAAAAUGCUGGCAUAGUGCAUACGGAGAACGAUGAUUAUGACGAUGAGGCUCCUGAGAUGAACAAUAGUUUUACAGAUUCUAGUGAACAAGACGAAACCUCAAGCAUCAUUACGCAGGAGAUAGACGCACCACCGGUUCGGAUCCUUCCUAGUUUUCGCACCACGGAAGCUUCUCAGAAGUUGCCUCAGUACCUACCUCCUGCUGACGAGGACAUCCUUGGACCCCUGCCUGAAAACUGGGAGAUGGCCUACACAGAGAAUGGAGAAGUCUAUUUUAUAGACCACAACACUAAAACCACAUCCUGGUUAGAUCCACGGUGCCUGAACAAAAAGCAGAAGCCUUUAGAAGAAUGUGAAGAUGAUGAAGGGGUCCACACCGAGGAACUGGACAGUGAAUUAGAGCUGCCUGCUGGAUGGGAGAAGAUUGAAGAUCCUGUGUAUGGCGUCUACUAUGUAGAGUAAGUAAUUAAAAAAACGUACGAUCUGCCUAUCGACUCUGGCGAUUGGCCAGGAGUGCUUAUGCCUGCCAUACCUCCGCCUCUCACUCUGCCCAACAACCUCACUCCCAAAAAGAAGGAACCAACAAAAGACCCUUCCACCCACGUUAAACCAUUCUUCACCAGGAACCCAUCUGAAUUAAAAGGCAAAUUUAUUAACACAAAACUACGGAAGAGCACCCGAGGUUUCGGCUUCACUGUGGUUGGCGGAGAUGAGCCAGACGAGUUCUUGCAGAUAAAAAGUUUGGUUCUCGAUGGCCCUGCUGCUCUAGAUGGAAAGAUGGAAACGGGAGACGUUAUUGUGAGUGUGAAUGACACUUGUGUACUCGGAUACACCCAUGCCCAAGUUGUGAAGAUCUUCCAGUCAAUACCAAUCGGUGAAAGUGUUGACCUUGAACUGUGCCGAGGUUACCCGCUUCCUUUUGAUCCUGAUGAUCCCAAUACAAGUCUGGUGACAUCGGUGGCCAUUCUGGACAAGGACCCUAUUAUUGUCAAUGGACAAGAGACUUACGACUCACCAUCAAGCAACAGCAGUAAAACCAGGAAAGCCAAUAACUUAAAAGAGCAGAGGCCUAGCAGCCCAGCGGACUUAUCUUCAAAUGGUUCCCAUGGUUACCCUAAUGACACUGUUUCCUUGGCAUCCUCUAUAGCAACGCAACCUGAACUCAUCACAGUGCAUAUAGUGAAAGGACCAAUGGGAUUUGGCUUCACCAUAGCCGAUAGUCCCGGUGGUGGUGGACAGAGAGUUAAACAGAUUGUAGACAGUCCUCGAUGCCGCGGCCUCAAGGAAGGAGAUCUCAUUGUGGAGGUGAACAAGAAGAAUGUGCAGACUCUUACUCAUAAUCAAGUUGUGGAUUUGCUGAUCGAAUGUCCAAAAGGAAGUGAGGUCACACUGCUGGUACAAAGAGGAGGACUGCCAGUCCCAAAGAAGAGCCCAAAGUCGCAACCACAACUUGAAAGGAAAGACAGCCAGAACAGCUCCCAGCACAGUGUAUCGAGUCACCACAGCGGGCACACAGCCUCUCCCCUGCGCAGUGCCCCUCUUGUCCCUGAGUACCCAUCCAGCGAGGCACCAACGGUAGACCAAGUUGAAGGCUCAGGACAGAAAAAGCCUGAUCCAUUUAAAAUCUGGGCCCAGUCCAGGAGCAUGUAUGAAAGCAGACUUCCAGAUUUUCAGGAGCAUGAUAUCUUCUUGUGGAGGAAGGAAACUGGCUUUGGCUUCAGAAUUCUUGGAGGGAAUGAACCUGGGGAGCCAAUAUUCAUAGGUCAUAUCGUUCCUCUGGGGUCAGCUGAUGCAGAUGGGCGGCUGAGAUCAGGCGAUGAAUUGAUCUGUGUGGAUGGCACAGCAGUAGUUGGGAAAUCCCAUCAACUCGUAGUACAGCUUAUGCAGCAAGCAGCUAAGCAAGGCCAUGUCAAUUUAACCAUAAGACGCAAAGUAGUUUAUCCAGUCCUCAAAACAGAAAAUGAAGUCCCUGCUUCACCAGCAUCUUCCCAUCAUAGUAGUAACCAGCCCGCAUCUCUGACAGAGGAGAAACGCACGCCCCAGGGCAGCCAAAACUCAUUAAACACUGUUAGCUCCGGCAGCGGAUCCACCAGUGGAAUUGGCAGUGGUGGAGGUGGGGGGAGUGGCUUAGUCAGCACUGUGGUUCAGCCUUAUGACGUGGAAAUUCAGCGUGGUGAAAAUGAAGGUUUUGGAUUUGUCAUUGUGUCGUCCGUCAGCAGGCCGGAAGCCGGAACCACUUUUGCUGGAAAUGCAUGUGUGGCCAUGCCUCAUAAAAUAGGUCGAAUAAUCGAGGGCAGCCCAGCCGACCGGUGCGGAAAGCUCAAGGUGGGGGAUCGGAUACUGGCCGUCAACGGUUGCUCCAUCACCAACAAAUCACACUCGGAUAUUGUCAACUUAAUUAAAGAAGCUGGAAACACUGUAACUCUACGCAUCAUUCCUGGAGAUGAAACUUCCAAUGCUUCAUUACUAACCAAUGCUGAGAAGAUUGCCACGAUUACGACCACGCAUACGCCUCAGACAAUAUCCCAGGAAACAAAGAACAAUUCAAAACCAAAGCAAGAGCCCCAGUUUGAGUUCAAAAAUCCACCAGCCACUCAGGAGCCAGAAUUUUAUACAGCAGAGCUUGAUAAGGGAACGAAAGGUUUCGGGUUCAGCCUGCGAGGAGGACGGGAGUAUAACAUGGACCUUUACGUUCUACGUCUAGCAGAAGACGGUCCUGCGGAGAGGUGUGGGAAGAUAAGGGUUGGCGAUGAGAUACUAGAAAUCAACGGAGAGUCCACAAAAAACAUGAAGCACACUCGGGCAAUUGAACUGAUUAAAAAUGGCGGACGGCGAGUGCGUCUAAGUCUGAAACGUGGUGAUGGUUCUGUGCCGGAAUAUGAAGCCAGCAGUGACAGGAACAGCCCCACAGCCAGCUCACAAAAUCUUUCGCAAAUGAAUACUUUGCCAUCAGAGAGACAUCUCAUGCCAUUGGAGUUCAGUUACCCACCAAAUACUCACAAGUCAUUACAGCAUGAGGAAAAACGGACUCACUUCAAAGACCCAAAGGGCAGCAGGGACUACAGUAGACAACAUAAUGACCAUCACACUUGGAAUGGGUCCUCUAAAAACUAUUCUGUACAGAGUGGCCGAAGGGACAGGUCUCCCGAAGCCAGACGGCCAAGGCAAGGGGAAAAAAUGGCAGUCAACGGGCAGAAAAAAAUGUCUCCUGACAAGAGAACUGAAGGGACGAGGAGUGCUGAAAACACUUUAGAGAGGAAAGAAAAAGAUCGUCAUGAGAAGAGGAGAGACAGUUCUUCUCAGAGAAACAGGGAAAGGUCACCUGUGCGGAAAAGAGAUGGGUCACCUAGCCGUAGAAGAAAGUCACUGGAUCGCUUUAUGGAUCAAAGGAGAUCACCGGAUCGUAGGAGAGAGAGUUCUCCUGAACGAAGAAGAGCAAAGUCAUCUGACAGAAGAAGGGAAAGAUCUCCUGAGAGAAGACGGGAUCGCUCCCCUGAAAGGAGGAGAGAAAGGUCUCAAGAAAGGAGGAGGGAAAGAUCUCCAGACAGACGAGGCCGAGAUCAAAAAUCCAGCAACCGAGAUGAUCGUAGUCUGAAGUCUGAUACUAUGAAAAAUGCUAGACAUCCCCCAGACCAACGGAGGAAACCCUAUAAGGAAUGUAUCACAGACCUCAGUAUCUGAUCAAUCUGAUGUCACAUUCCAGCCUUUUCAUUGUAAGGCUUUGAGAACAAAACUUCUUUAUAGUGUCUUACUUAGCACCCAACACGUAAUGACCCUGUACUACCAUGAAAUGUUUUAUGCAGAUGAAACCUUACUACAGAGUGUUGUGCCUGAUGUAUAUUAAAGAAAGUAUUUUUGAU